GAAAGAGCUCGUGUGUGAUGUGUUUGUGUAUCUUCGGUGUUUUUCUCUCUUGAGUGUUUUAUUGAAUGUAAACACCGUCUUGUGUUGAGAUGUUGAUGAUGAGAGAUGAGAUGGAUGUGAUGUGCUGUAAAUCAGUAGGAACUGAUCUGUCUAUGCUGGAUAUUGAGGAUUUCAUCACAGAAAUCUCUCAGCUGAAGAAAGAGGUGGCGUUACUGGAGACAAAGCUGAGGUUAAGAGGAGAUGAAGGACUGAAGAGAGAGGAUGUGGAUUGUUGUGAAUCUUCAGUGUAUUUGACUGAUGGACGUCUGGAUUCAGUGUGGAUGAGCAGAGAUCAGAGCCGCACACCACAGCCACUGCUGGACUCUAAACUCUCUGAAGAGAAAUCCAGACACACACAGAACUCAGAGCUCAGUCUCACUUUACUCGAUUAUACUGAGUCAAAGCUCACAGACACUCAGGACACUACAGUGUGUGACAGUAAACAGAGCUUACAGGAGGAUCAAACCUCCACAGAGUCUCUGGAUUUUGUCUGUAACGCUGGAGAACAUCAACAGAUCCUGCAGACCACAAUGAAGAUGUGUUCAGUUAAACUGGAGGACUGUGGGAACCUGAUGGUGGAGAUAAAAACAGAACCCACAGCAGAUGAAUAUAAAGAUAAACAUAGUGAUGGUCAGGAGUUUAUUAUCUCAGACGUGAAGAGUGAAUCAUGUUGUGAUGGAGAAAUAACGUCCUCAACAUCAGAAGAGCGACUGAAAGCACAAACUCAAGAGAAGAAACUUCAUUCAGAAGAGCAAAGAGAGACGAAGAAGAAGCCGUUUAACUGUGAACAAUGUGGGAAGGAUUUUGAUUUCUUAUUUCAGCUGAAAAGCCACAUGAAGGGACACAGUGGUGAAAAACCUUUCCACUGCAAUGAUUGUGACAAUUACUACGGCAGCAAAAAAAGUCUUAGUUUGCAUAAGAGAAUUCACAAAGAGAAACCGUAUGAGUGUCCUCACUGUGACAAGACAUUCAACUACCAAUCCAAUAUGAAGAAACAUGUGCGUUUACACACCAGUGAGAGACCGUAUCAGUGCAGUCAAUGUGGAAAAACCUUCACACAGUCAUGCACUUUAAAGUCACACGAAAAAACACAUGAGAGAGUUCACACAGGAGAGAAACGUUAUGUCUGCAGUGUUUGUGGGAAGAGUUUUAAUCAGCAUAAAAAUUUAGUGAAACACCAGAGAACUCAUACAGGUGAAAAACCUUACAAAUGUUCUCAGUGUGACAAGACGUUUACUCAGUCAGGUUACUUAAAAAUCCAUGAGAGAAUUCACACUGGAGAGAGACCUUAUCACUGCAGUGUUUGUGGGAUGAGUUUUAAACAACGUGAACAUUUAGUGACACACCAGAGAACUCAUACAGGUGAAAAACCUUUCAAAUGCUCUCAGUGUGACAAGACGUUUACUCGUUCAAGUUCCUCAAAAAUCCACGAGAGGAUUCACACAGGAGAGAAACCUCACCACUGCAGUGUUUGUGGGAAGAGUUUUAAUCAGCAUAAAAAUUUAGUGAGACACCAGAGAACUCAUACAGGUAAAAAACCUUACAAAUGCUCUCAGUGUGACAAGACAUUUACUACAUCAAGAUCCUUAAAAGUCCACGAGAGAAUUCAUUCUGGAGAAAAACCUUAUGCCUGCUCUCAGUGUGGUAAGAGCUUCUCUAAUCCAGGUUCUUUGAGUGUUCAUCAGAGAGUUCACACUGGAGCGAAGAAACCUCAUCACUGCAGUGUUUGUGGGAAGAGUUUUAAUCGGCGUCAAAGUUUAGUGAGACACCAGAGAACUCAUACAGGUGAAAAACCUUACAAAUGCUCUCAAUGUGAGAAGACGUUUACUACAUCAAGAUCCUUAAAAGUACACGAUAGACUUCACACUGGAGUUAAACCUUACGUCUGCUCUUACUGUGGAAAAAGCUUCUUUGAUCCAUCUAAUUUCAGUGUUCAUCAGAGAGUUCACACUGGAGCGAAGAAACCUCAUCACUGCAGUAUUUGUGGGAAGAGUUUUAAUCGGCGUCAAUGUUUAAUGAGACACCAGAGAACUCAUACAGGUGAAAAACCUUACAAAUGCUCUCAAUGUGACAAGACGUUUGCUUGGUUGGGUUCCUUUAAAAACCAUGAGAGACUUCAUUCUUCAUCUUCUCUGAUCAAUCUCAUUUCAUAGUUUAUUAAAGAGUUCACACGAGAGCGAAACUUUACCUGUGCAGUGUUUGUGAGAAGAGUUUUAAAGGAGUCGUAUGACCCGAUUUCAGGUUUUCCUUUGUUUUUAGAAUGUUAAAAGAUUUCUGUGCAUAAAGAAGAUCUAUAAACUUGCAAAGUUAAAGUUUUAAUCCCAAAAAGAUCUUCUUUUUAAAAGUGAAGCCUCACCAACGCCUUCAUAAGCGGCUUGUUCAAACACACCCCUACAGUUGGACGUCAUACUGAAAUUUGCAUAACACCGCCCUAAUGUACACGCAAAGAUAGAGGCUGUAAGGUUCAUUCACAUUGUAGUAUUGUUGCCAGGUCCGGUUCUAGAUAUUUGGAGCCCCCCCCACACCCCUCUAAUUUUCAGAAUAAUCUGAGAAGUGUUUUUGUACCCUGUAAGAGAUCAUUUAAGCACUACAGUGAUUAAACAUGUUUUCCCCAUUACUUUUCUGUUUUAUCAAGUCAACAAAUUAAAUGUAUGUAAAAAUUUGAUAUAUAAACACUAAGACAAGAAAUUUGUAAAUAAAUGAUCUAUCAAACUGUUAGGAGCAAUAUUAUGAAGCUACAGACCCCCGCCCAGAGACCCGUAUUCUCAGAGCCCUCGUUUUUCGAGACAGCUUGACAAGAAACGUGAGUAUCGUCAGUUUCAUUAAGCGAAUCAUACUCUUUCGAAUUGUUUUUUAAUCAAACUACUUUAGCCCAUCGAUACAAUAGUAAAUUUAAUAUUUGUAAAGAUAGAUUGUAACAAAAUUUGAGCAGAUAAUGUAUGUUUUUCGCCUUUUUUCCCCGAAAAUGUUUAAAUACGUUAGCUUUUAACCUUAGACUUUUUGUAGACAAGCCAUUGUAAAAAUUCGAUUACAAUUAGUUGACAUUAAAGUAGACCAAUUAAAUACAUUAAGGGGCGGUUUUUCGGACAGGGAUUAACUAAAAUAAAUAUAAGAGCUGCCCAAACUGAAAACAACUUGCACUGACAUGUAUUAAAAUACAUCAGUGGCUAUUGCUUGGCCUCAAAAUGUAUACAAGUAGACUAAUGCUUUUAAUAAGGCAUGUUUGAUCAAACUAGUUAUAUUUUCUAAUUAAACUAAGGCCUACCCUGCUAAAAAAACAGCAAGACCAGCAUAUGUUAUGUUUUGGUGCUGGUUUGCUAGUGAACACCAGCUAAACCAGCAUCAGCACCAGCAUUAGCACCAGCUAAACCAGCACCAAACCAGCAUCCCAUGCUGGUCAUACCAGCAAGACCAGCAUAUUUUGUGUUUUGGUGCUGCUAUGCUGGUGACCACCAGCUAAACCAGCAUAGACCAGUAUAAUUCCCAUGCUGGUUUUGAUGCUGUUCUUUUCAGCAGGGUAGUGACUAGUAGUCCUGUCUUAAACUAAUCUCUGUUCGGGAAACCACCCCAAAGUGUGUUAAUAUCAAAGAAUGUCAUCAUUAAUUAUUUAAUCAGAUUUACAGUUUGACCUUUUUUUAAUUACCGGACCUUUUCUCCUAAAACUAUACAUUUAUUUAAUUAAUG